GCCAAAAAUUAAGCAAAAAUGGAACACAAACCCCAAGCUGAAACCCAACUGAAGCUAUCUUCUCUCCCAAACGGCGCAGUCAAGAAGCACCGCCCUCCGGCGACCAUCCUCCACCGCGAAUGCCUCAAGAACCACGCCGCAAACCUCGGCGGCCACGCCCUCGAUGGCUGCUGCGAAUUCAUGCCGUCACCAGCCGCAACCCUCGCUGAUCCCACCUCCCUCAAAUGCGCCGCCUGUAGCUGCCACCGCAACUUUCACCGCCGGGUUUCGGUAUCUUCUUCCGAAGAAGAAAUCGAAUGCUUCACCUCGGCGCCUCACACGCUGCUCGCUCUCAGCCGCAACGAAAGGCCGUCGGCGACGAGAAAGCGAUUUAGGUCGAAAUUUAGCGCGGAGCAAAAGGGCAAAAUGAUGGAGCUGUCGGAGAGGCUUGGGUGGAGGUUGCAGAAGAGGGAUGAGGGUUUGGUGGAGGAGUAUUGCAGAGAUAUUGGGGUGGAGAAAGGGGUUUUUAAGGUAUGGAUGCAUAAUAAUAAGUAUCAGUUGCUUAGGGUUUUGAGGAGAGGGGAGGGGAGGAGUAAUGUCGCGGGCGAUGGGGGUGGCGGAGGUGGGCGGAUGGUUGAGGGUAAUGGAAUGAGCGGCGAUGUUGAUGGAAAUGUGAUGAAUGGUUCUUUUUCUUCGUCUUGAGUUCGUGAUAGAAAUAAAAAUCUUA